GCUAAAGCCACCAGCACCAGCGCCAUUUGGUACGCAGACUGUCACUCUGGACUCAGACGACGAACUCAUCCGAAAAUUCCUGAACACACGCAUCACUCGUGGUACCCCGAUCCUCGGCGCCAAUGGCAUCCUGAUUGCACAUCUCGUUGACGGUGACACGACGCUGUUGCUGCCAUUGUCACUCGUUUACAGCAUCCCCCCUAGUGCUCUGAACGCCAGGAUCUCCCAGCCCCAGCUGAGCAGCGUAACGAACUAACGACCAGACCUCCACCUGCCACAGCGAAUGUGAUUCUCUCGCAACAAUUCUUUCUCAUCCAGCAGGCUCUCGGGAUCAAUGACUUCACGGCCUCAAUUCCAUCAUGCCUCUAAUGCAGGGUUUGUUGCGUCGGCGAGGCCCUGCCAGCGAUGCAGAACUGCGAAGACAUAGCUUCUACUCGGCCGAUUCGACCAGCACCCACUCCGCAGUUCUCGAUGGGAGAGCCAGCGAGCAAAUACCUCGGCGGCCUUCAGCAGCAGAGUUCUUGUCUCCUGAGUCGGCAUUGGAAUGCUCACCAGUCGCCAGAACAUCAGCUGAGAGUGGUACCGAGUCUGCGGACUUAGAGCGUUCUGUCUCGCCUCCAGUUCAGGAGGAGGAUCAUAAACAUCGUCGCUUCAGCAUGCUGAAGUUUCGACACGCUUCAGACUCUCAAUUAUCGGCUAGGGCUCGUCUUCAAGCCCAAGCCGAUCCGACCCCUCCUGUACCACAGACCCCUGCCGCCCCUGCCGCCCCCGCCAUCAUUACCACAGCUCCGACAAUGGAAAUGAACGCUCCAAAACCUACCAAGAAGAAAUCUCGGAUAAAAAUGCCUGGCCGUUCGCGGACUGCCACUUCGACCUCGGCGGACAGCAAUCACCUAGAAAAGCCGUCAUCACUGAGGGUUACCAAAAAUGAAAAGAAGGAGCGAAGGAAGACAAUGACGGAGACUGCUCCCUCUGGAAAAGGCCGGGUGACAUUCGACGAGCCUGAACGUCCUGCAACUCAAGCAGGUAGCUCGCCCCCAGCAUACGGUGACGAGGCCAAUUCUACGUUGGCCCUGCCCGUAAAUCGAUUAUCCGAGUCUUCGAGAUCUGAUGGCAGCUCUGGGGACCAUGGGGUGUACGCGACUACCACAACCACUACACAUACAGUUCAUACGACCACUACAUUUUUCCGGCUUCCCCGUCGCAAGAAACCAUCUCCGUUGUUUGAUCUCUCCCAUCUCCCCCAAAAGAAUACCUCUCGAGGACUAGGAACCGAAUCCGCAGCUGUAAAAGCUCUACAGUCUCCUUCGGCUGACGAUGUAGCAGUCAGUGGUGGGCUCGCCUCGCCUCUUCCAUCCCCAUCACACAGUGUGAUAGCAAAGAGCCCAUCUGCAAUUGCUGCCCCUGGUGCACAGCUGUUCCGACAAGGGUCAACUGCUUCGUCUUCUAAGUCCUCUCCGACUCGUGCCAGACUAGGAAUGCGGGGCCGAUCAUCGACCUUAAGCUCUUUACGAAAUAUGCCCAGUGAUGACCCUUUACCAACCCCAACACUACCGUCUACUCGCACCUCUACGUCCACUGGUCGAAAGAGCUUCGGUGAUCUAUUCGGGUUGUCCCAUCGUUUACGGCAAAAUUCAGAACCGCCGUUUCCACGGCAAGGCUCUGGCCUUGCAACCCCUGGAUCAAGCACGUCGAAGAAUAAUUCAAUGCAAUUAACGCGAGAGCCCAUUAUAGUCUUGCCAGAGCGACACGAGGAUGAUACCCCUGCCAAAUAUCUUGUUCGUCUGGAAGAGGCUGUCAGCAGAGGUGUUGUGGCUAGUGUUCUUUCGAAAGGCACUGACCCGUUCUCCCAAGCUGUCCUUCGAAGCUACAUGCGUGGCUUCGGUUUUUUCGGUGAUCCUAUGGAUAUGGCGAUUCGAAAAUUGCUGAUGGAAGUUGAAUUACCAAAAGAAACUCAGCAAAUUGACAGAUGCCUCCAAGGGUUUGCUAACCGUUACCAUGAAUGCAACCCGGGAAUCUAUGCAUCCCCUGACCAAGCCUACUUCAUCGCCUUUUCGCUUCUCAUAUUACAUACAGACGUGUUCAACAAGAACAACAAACACAAAAUGCAGAAGCCAGACUACCUGAAGAAUACCCGUGGGGAGGGCAUAUUCGACGAAAUUCUCGAGUGUUUUUACGACAACAUUUCUUACACACCUUUUAUCCACGUCGAAGACGAUCUUGACAUCAACGGCGAACGCAUCAUUCAACACAAAACGAAACAGAAGUCCAUCCUGUCUCGUCGAAAUGUGGACCCAACCAAACGGCCUUCCAAGGAUCCGGUCGACCCCUACACGCUCAUCAUUGACAGCAAGCUCGACACACUCCGUCCGAACCUGAAGGAGGUGAUGUAUUUGGAGGAGCAUUACAGUUAUCUUGGGACGGCGCAGUCCUUGAACCUAUUUGAUUUGCAGAAGACGUUCUUCAGGACUGGCGUGUUGCAGAUCGUUUCAGCAAGAUCACGACCUGAUGCUUUCAUGUCUGACAAAACUGUGAACAAUCCUGAGGAAGCACACCCUGGGAUCGUGGAUAUAAAGAUCACGAAAGUCGGGCUACUUUGGCGGAAGGAUGCGAAAAAGAAGAAAACAAGAUCGCCAUGGCAGGAAUGGGGAGCCAUACUUACUGGCGCACAACUUUAUUUCUUCAGGAACACGGCUUGGAUCAAAAAUUUGAUGCACCAGCUCGAACAGCAUAUCAAGCAAGGCCAUGAUGGCUCUCCAGUCAUCUUCAAGCCUCCUCUUGAUCAGUUCAAGCCAGACGCUCUGAUGUCGACUGACGACGCAGUGGCAUUGCUUGACUCCACUUACAAGAAGCACAAAAAUGCUUUCGUUUUUGUCCGUCAUGGGGGUUUCGAGGAAACGUUCUUGGCUGAUAACGAGCAAGAGAUGAAUGACUGGCUGGCGAAGCUGAACUACGCAGCUGCAUUCCGGACUUCUGGAGUGCGUAUGCGAGGUGUCGUCGGCGGAAACUAUGAGGGCCAACGGUCUCGUGGUAUUCGUCGGCUCGAGAGCCAUAAUGACUCGACAAGAUCAGUGCAGACACCGUCAGGAGAAGUCACUAUCGUCAGUGGCAAGAUCGAUACAAAGAUGCAACAAGAUAUUCUCGCUGCUCGCCGGGAGAUUAUGCUGCAGAAAAUUGCUGAUGCUGAAGAAAAGCUCGUGGUUGCUCAGAAACAGCUCGAUGCACAACUGAGAAACGCUCGUCAUCUUCAGAUCCUUGCGCCAAUUCAGCAGAAGACUCGAGAGCAAGUUAUUCUUGCCGCAGGUCGGAUGGCCGCCCAAUUGAAGUGGGGUAGACUGGAAAUCUGGCGGUUGAAAUGCCAUAAAGACAUAUUGACGAUGGAUUUGGAAGAAGAAAGAGCCUUGGAUGGCAGUUUUCCUCGACCGGACCCUGCCGGCGAAAUUCCAUCCUCUGAACGGGCUGCUCUAGCACGGCUGCACUCGAAGGCGAGCACUCUCGGUCAGCAACGAACACCAAGGUCCCCUACAACACAUUCCGCUAACCGUCCAUCUACGGCGACUCAACCAUCAUCUCAGCAAGAAACAGAGAACGCUCUGGAUGACAUUUUCCAGGCCCCACCAACACUCACAAGCUCAUCAAGUUUCCAUAAAGCGCAAGCAUCUUGGGAACUCCCUCCUCUUUCUUUCAACGGACGCGGUGAACGAAAGCCCUCGUUUUCUAGUGCAAAAGCGCCUGCGAGCCCCAGUAUAGCCCCGACACCUUCCAGGGGAAGUGCGAGGCUGGCAAGUGACCCUCAACGCCCGGAAACUCCAACAGUCGAUGCUGCAGAGCAAGCAGUAUUGGAGCAGGCCGGUCUUGUGGAUACAGAUAAAACGCCAGAGGGGAAACGGCCUGUGACUGGUCCCGACAACGAGGAAAGUAGAGAUUUGGUUCAGGAAAAGGACAAGCUAGACCGAGGCAAAAUUCGACGCAGUCUGCAUCGUACUUUGCGAGAAGCUCACGUACCAAAUCAUAACCGUAGUCGAAAGGGGAGGGAUUCGGCAUCAAGCGGAGCGAUGUCCGAGGAAACGAAGGAGGAUGUUCUGUCUCGCGGCACUGGAAGUUUUGUGGUACACGGCAAGAAAGCCUCUGUUAUAACAUUCGGUUCGGAGCUUCAAAGCAUGUCACAGGAAGAACGAUUGCGACUUCGGAGGCAGCCUCACAAAGACGAAGCAGGACUCAUUUCCCCAGCAAGCAUUGACGAUGAUUUUCACUCUGUCUUAGCCGAGCCCGUCGAAUUUCAUGAACGACACGGGUCGGCAGCUACUACAAGCACGGCGACUGCGAGGAGCUUUAGGGACUUGCACAGGAAGUUAGCUGCACACCACUCGGGCGGUCCUGCUAUUGUGGUGUCCGACGGUGAUGAUAGCGAUGCGGCCGUCAGCUUCUCCGAGGGCAGACGAACACCACUGCCACCAAUGAGUCCAUUGGAGGACGAAUAUGAGGAGGCAAACGAUAACCCUGCGAUGCAGGCGAUGUUCUAUACCCCCGAAGCUUCGAACUCACCUACGAGGACGGGAUUUUCGGAGAAACACCCUAUUGGUAGUGAUCAUGAUGAAGUGGGCGAAUCUAACAUUGAGAGAUUAUCAAGUCCACCACAAACCGCAGUGAGCGCUUGAUAUUCUUGGUACAAUGCAUAAGAUCACCUUGUUCCUUUUAUUUUUUGAAGUUACUCAAGUCACCCCAGUGUCCCAGCUUUCAGCCCGGACAAUGAGGUAGACCGUGACGAUGACAACGCGGUGUUGACGAGGCAUGGUUUACCGGAGUGUGCUUGAUAUUGAUUUGGUUCUGGACAGCGAUUCAUACGAAAAGCAUGAAAACUCUCUUGGGUUCUCAUCUGUGGUGUAUAUUAGAAGGUAGCUACAACAACUUGAUUAGCUCUUUGCUUGGGAAUGGAGACGGGAAAGGCGUCCAGGGGAACGACUCGACCCAGGGUCUACACUUUAUUUGGAGUUCUUGGCCAGACGUUGGCAGGAAGCAUAACAUUAAACAAUUCAAUUCCAUGAUCAAUUCGAAACUG